AUGAAGCUCUCCAUCAGAAGCAUUCUCGCCGUCGCCCUGACCGUGGCCAGCUCCGUGACUGCUGCCCCGACAGCAGUGGAGGAGCGAGCUCUGCAGGAGCGUGCGUCGAACAUCAUCAUCGGCUACCGCACCGUGAGCAAGGACCAAGCCGCCAAGUACAACAAAGCCGGCACCCUCACCUACGAGGGCAACCGCGCCAACAUCCAGCUGGGUGAGGGCACCUAUCUGACCGCAAACCGCGGAGGAUGGGCUGGUUCCGCCACCGACUGGUACUGUGUCAUUUACGCCGACAAGACCAAGUUCGCCGCGGCCACCAAAGCGUGGAUCCCCGAGACAUACGGCACUGACGGCGAGAUCUGGUACAAGAAGGACAAGAUUGACGCCUACAUCAAGGCGGAGAAGAGCACCUGGACCCCCGCCGAGACCGUUCGCGUCUCCAAGAUCGACGGCGACGACCACACCUACCAGCUCGUCGUGCCGCCCAAGCUGUCGGGCAGCAAGAGUCUGCUGGGGAAGUGGAGCAAGGGCCCGCUGGAUAUCUCCGUCACUUGUGCCGAGAAGAAGGAGAGUUUGCCGGAUUCGACGGUCAACUAUGCUACCUUCAACAACAUCGUGGGGACGGCGCAGUAG